CAGCAAACAUCAUACCACCAUAUUUCCGCCAAACAAACCCGUCCUUCGAAGAUCGCUUUGUACCUCUCAGUUUCAACUUCUAUCUUCUUGAGUAGAAUCCACAACCUUUAGAUAAAAUGGCAGCCCGAGCUAUCCUUCUGCUCAAAAAACUCGACACGCUCACCGAUGCGGAGUUCUACAAAUACAUGGAAGGGACACACUCAGACUCUAUCUUGAAGGUCCCCUAUAUCAAGGAGAAGAAUAUCACGUUCUCUUCGUUCCGUGUCGACAAGGUCCUCUCAUCCAGCAUCGGUUUUCCGAUGUCAGAGUUCGAUGGCGAAUUCAAUUUCUGGUGCUCUUCAAUGGAGGAUCUCAUAGACCUGUUUAGUGAUCCAGAGUGGCAGCGUAUUGUUGUAGAUGACGGAGCAAAUUUCAACGAACAACAGGAGGGAAGAAUGAUGAUUGGGUACGACACGGACUUACUUCCUGAUAGGACUGGUAGGAAGCUUCUAUAGAGGUUAAUUUUACGUCUAUGACACGCCUUGAGGUCAUCACACGUGGUCCAUAUAUCAGGAUUCAUCUGUCGUGCCGUGGACUGAAGGGGGUCAGGCGAUUUGCUGAAGAGGUGUCGUCCUCCAUUAGAUCAGGCAGUCGU